AUGUACUUUAUCGAAUUUAUUUGGAAUUCGGAUCGUAGACAAUCUGUUGAAAAUUAUAAUUCUUAUACUCAGACAACAGUAACAUGUGCGAAUACUGCUUGGAAUAAUACCUUUCGGACAUUAGCAGGUACAGGUUCAGCAGGAAGUACUUCAACAACACUUUAUUAUCCAUAUGGUGCUGCAUUCGAUUCAAGUGGUACACUCUAUGUAGCUGAUCGGUAUAAUCAUCGUAUUCAAAGGUUUGUUGGUGGAUCAACAACAGCAUCAACAGUUUCAGGUCUAUCUUUGUAUUAUCCAGCUGAUGUCAAAGUUGACAGUGCUAAUAAUCUGUAUAUAUUGGAUACUUAUAAUUUUCGGAUAUUGCGUUGGAGUAGUGGCACUGUUACAGUAGUAGCUGGUGGUCAUGGUAACGGUGGAGCAUAUAGCCAAAUAAACUACAGCUACGCAAUGCUUCUCGAUUCAUCUGCUAAUAUAUAUAUAUCAGACUGUGACAAUGAUCGUGUUAUGUUAUGGUACGCUGGAAACACAGUUGCCGGUGUAUUGGUGGCGGGUGGAUAUGGACGUGGAAAUGCUCCACAACAAUUUAGUUGCUCUGUUGGAAUGUCUGUUGACACGAAUGGAAUUAUGUAUAUUACUGAUUAUUACAAUCAUCGUGUUCAACAGUGGAAUCCUGGUGCUGCUAUUGGUAUUACUGUAGCUGGUCGGACAAGUGUAUCGGGUCCAUGGGCAUAUACAUUAACUUAUCCAGUAUCAGUUAUUCAUGAUCAAUAUAAUUAUCUUUAUAUUCUUGAUGCUGGCAAUAGUAGAAUUCAACGUUGGGUUCCUGGAGCAGACUACGGAUAUACUGUUGUAGCAGCAACAAUUUCUACACCACGAGGAUUAUUUUUAGAUGUUAAUGGAAAUAUGGUUGUAACUGAUCAGGAUUAUCAUCGAAUUGUUUCAUUUGCUAUGUAUUGUCCGCCGGUUACAACAACAACGACAACCACACAAAUACCUCAAAUAACGGUUCCAGUUUGUUCAACAGCUGCUUGGAAUUCAACUUUUGCCGUAUUAGCUGGAUCAUCAGGAAAUGCUGGAUCAUCAGCAAUUUUACUUAGAUAUCCACGUAGUUCAUUCAUAGAUAUAUAUGGAAAUUUGUAUGUUGCUGAUAGUUACAAUCAUAGAAUUCAAUAUUUUCAAAGAGGUUCAACAACAGCGACAACAGUUGCAGGUAUAACAUCAAAUGCUGGUUCAAGUUAUUCUCAAUUAACUUAUCCAUCAAGUAUUUAUGUUGAUGUUAAUCGAAUAAUGUAUAUAUUAGAUACAGAUAACUGUCGUGUACUUCAAUGGACUCCUGGAGAUCCACUUGGUUAUCCUGUUGCUGGUGAUCAUGGUUGUGGAUCAGCAUUAACUCAAAUAGACACUAGUUAUUCUAUGUUUGUUGAUAAUCAAUAUAAUAUUUAUAUAUCAGACAGUGAUAAUCAUAGAGUUACACUAUGGACACCAACGAAUACAUCAUCUGGAAUUCUAGUUGCUGGUGGUUAUGGUGCUGGAAGUACAUCAGAGAAACUUUAUAAUCCAUGGGGAGUUUAUGUUGAUUCAAAUCAAACAAUUUAUGUUGUUGAUAGAACAAAUCAUAGAGUACAAAUGUGGUAUUCAGAAGCACUAGCAGGUAUAACAGUAGCUGGUGCAACAGGUAGUGCAGGACCUUUUUCAUAUCAAUUAAGUAGUCCAACUAGUAUCACUCUUGAUCCAUAUGGUUAUAUAUAUGUAUUGGAUUAUGGAAAUAACAGAGUUCAAAAAUGGUAUCCAGGUGCAGCUUAUGGAGCAACAGUUAUAACAGGAUCAUUGAAUGCUCCAUGUGGAUUACAAUUUGAUCGUGUUGGAAAUAUUGUUAUUAGUGAUACAUCGAAUCAUAGAAUUUUAUCUUAUGCUAUGACGUGUCCUGCUACGACGACAACAACAGCAACACCACCAACAACAACACAAUCUUCAUUAUGUCCAACAUCUCAAUGGAAUCAAACAUUAUCUGUAUUAGCUGGAGUAGCUGGUAGUGCCGGAACUUCAACAACUUUAUUAAAUUAUCCGUAUAGUAUUGAUUUUGAUGGCUACGAAAAUUUAUAUGUUGCUGAUACAGCUAAUCAUAGAAUUCAAUUUUAUCCACAUGGAACAUCAAUAGGUACAACUGUUGCCGGAAGUUCAGGUACUUAUGGUGGUACCUAUGCACAAUUAUAUAAUCCAUAUGCAAUUUAUGUUGAUUCAAAUCGAGCAAUGUAUAUAUUAGAUACAAGUAACUAUAGAGUUUUGAUAUGGCAGUUUGGUGAACCACGUGGUUAUGUUGUUGCUGGUGGAAAUGGAGCUGGUGCAGCAUUAACUCAAAUAACAACAAGUUAUGCCAUGUUUGUUGAUGACCAAUCGAAUGUCUAUGUAUCUGAAUCUGGUAAUCAUAGAGUAACCUUAUGGUUAUCAACAAAUACAACAGCAGGAAUAUUAGUUGCUGGUGGAAAUGGUGCUGGAAGUACACCAGAAAGAUUAUACAAUCCUUGGGGUAUUUAUGUUGAUUCCAAUCAAACGGUGUACAUUGUUGAUAGAACUAAUCAUCGAGUACAACUAUGGCUUAAUGGAGCAAUAAGUGGUACUACUGUUGCUGGUACAACUGGUGAUGCAGGUCCAUGGUCUUAUCAAUUGAGUAGUCCAACAUCAUUGUUGUUAGAUCAAUAUGGUUAUUUGUAUAUAUUGGAUUAUGGAAAUGCACGUAUCCAAAAAUGGUUUCCAGGUGCACCUUAUGGAGCAACAGUUGUAUCAGCAUCUUUUUAUAAUCCCUGUGGAAUGCAAUUUGAUCUUCUCAACAAUCUUGUUGUAGCUGAUACGUAUCAUCAUCAAAUUGUAUCCUUUGGUGUUUUUUGUCCUGCUACAACAACAACAACAACAACAGCAUCUCCAGCGACUACAUCAUCAACACCAAUAUGUGCAACAGCUCAAUGGAAUCAAACAUUUUCGAUUUUGGCUGGAAUAACAGGAAGUAGAGGAACUACACCCACGUUAUUAUAUAAUCCAUGCGGUGCAGUCUUGGAUGGAUAUCAAAAUUUAUACGUUGCUGAUACAACUAAUCAUAGAAUUCAAUAUUUUCCUCGCGCAUUGUCAACAACAACAACAACACAAUCACCAACAUCAUCUCAAAAUCAAAUUUGUGCAACUGCUGAUUGGAAUCAAACAUGGUCACUAGUAGCUGGUGUAACAUCAACUGCUGGAUCAAAUUCAAUAUUAUUAUAUAAUCCAUCUGAUAUUUAUUUUGAUGCAUAUGGCAAUAUGUAUGUUGCUGAUAGAACAAAUCAUAGAAUUCAAUUAUUUCAAUCAGGACAGACUAUAGGUAUAACUGCAGCUGGAACUUCAGGUUCUUUUGGUAGUACGUAUUCACAAUUAUAUAAUCCAUAUGGAAUAUUUGUUACGUCUAAUGAAACAAUGUUUAUAAUGGAUACAUCAAAUUAUAGAGUUUUAAGAUGGCAAUUGGGAGAUCCAAUUGGUUAUAUUGUUGCUGGUGGUAAUGGUAAUGGUGGGGCAGUUACUCAAAUUGGCAUAAGUUAUUCAUUAUUUGUUGAUGAUAAAUAUACAGUUUAUGUAUCAGAAAGUUCGAAUCAUCGUGUUACUGCAUGGCUUAGUCAAAAUAGCACUGCUGGAAAUUUGGUUGCCGGUGGAAAUGGUCAGGGAAAUGCUAAUGAAAAACUAAAUUCACCAUGGGGUAUUUAUGUUGAUUCCAAUCAGACAAUUUAUGUUGUUGACACAGGAAAUCAUCGUGUACAACGUUGGGAUGCAGGAUCAAGUACUGGUGUAACUGUAGCUGGUUCAACAAGUAAUCCAGGUUCAUGGUCAUAUCAAUUUAAUAAUCCAACAUCCAUUAUAUUAGAUCCAUAUGGUUAUUUAUAUGUGUUGGAUUCUGGAAAUUCAAGAGUUCAAAAAUGGUUUCCUGGAGAUAGUUAUGGUAGAACUGUUAUAUCAGCUACAAUGAGCAGUUCAUCAGCAAUGAAAAUUGAUCUUUUUGCCAACCUUGUGAUUGCUGAUACGUCACGUCAUAGAAUAUUAUCAUUUGGUUUAUUAUGUCCUGGAACAACAACAACAACGAGUCUACCUCCAACUGUAACAACAAUUUCUCUGUGUGCAACAGCAACAUGGAAUUCGACAUCUACAAUAGCAGCUGGUUCAACCAGUGUGGCUGGAACAGGAUCAACAUUACUUAAUUAUCCAUAUAGUGUUGCAUUCGAUGCUUAUAAUUAUAUGUAUGUUGCCGACUGUUAUAAUCAUAGAAUUCAAAGAUAUCCUCCAGGAUCAAACACCAGUACAACAGUAGCUGGUUCAACAGGUUCAGCUGGUGGUACACUUUCACAAUUAUUUUAUCCAACAGCAAUAAGUGUAACACAAAAUGGAACAAUGUAUAUAGUGGAUUCAUCAAAUUAUAGAGUUUUAAAAUGGCAAUUAGGAGAUCCAGUUGGUUUUAUUGUUGCUGGUGCCAAUGGUAAUGGUGGAGGAUUUAAUCAAAUCGGUGCAACUUAUGGUAUAUUUGUUGACGAUCAAUAUAAUAUUUAUAUAUCAGAACAAACAAAUCAUCGUGUUACUAAAUGGUUUAACGGAAAUACAACUGCUGGAACUUUGGUUGCUGGUGGCAAUGGUGCUGGUAGUACAGCAGAAAAACUGAAUUCACCAUGGGGCAUUUAUGUUGAUAGUAAUAGUAGUCUAUAUAUUGCUGACAGAAGUAACAAUCGUAUCCAACGAUGGGAUUCAGGUGCUGGUAAUGGUAUAACUGUUGCUGGUGAUAUGAAUGGAAAUGCUGGCUCAUUGGCAUAUCUAUUGAAUAGUCCAACAGGAAUUAUGGUGGAUCAAUAUGGUUCUAUAUAUAUAUUAGAUUUGGGAAAUUCACGCAUUCAAAAAUGGGCUCAAGGUGCAACAUUUGGAGUAACUGUUUUAUCAGGAACAUUCAGUAAUCCAUAUGGAAUGAAUAUUAAUGCAUUUGGAAAUUUAUUUAUAGUUGAUACAUAUUAUCAUCGUAUUCAAUCAUUCGCUGUAUACUGUCCUGUAACAACAACAACAAAUGCUGCACCAUCAGCUCAAACUUCAGUACCAUUAUGUUCAACAGCUAUUUGGAAUUCUUCAGCAACUUUAAUAGCUGGCACAACAGGAGUUGGAGGCAAUACACCAACAUUUCUAUCAAGUCCAUACGAUAUAAACUUUGAUAAAUAUCAACAAAUGUAUGUUGCUGAUUAUGGUAAUCAUAGAAUUCAACAAUACACAUUUGGAUCAAAUGUAGGACAAAUAGUCGCUGGUAUAACUUCAUCUCCUGGAAGCACAUUAGGUCAACUCUAUAAUCCAUCUGCAAUCUAUGUCGAUUCAAAUGAUAAUAUGUAUAUAUUAGAUACAUCAAAUUAUCGUGUUCUUCAAUGGCAAGUAGGAAAUCAACUUGGUUCUAUAGCUGUUAAUGGUCGUGGCUCAGGUACAACAUUAGAUAAGAUAGGACUUAGUUAUGCUAUGUUUGUUCUUAAUGAAACAUAUAUUUAUGUAUCGGAAUAUGGAAAUCAUCGAGUUACUAAAUGGACAAUAUCAAAUAAUAAUUUUGGACAAUUGAUGGCAGGUGGAGCUGGUGCUGGUAGUGCACCAGCACAACUAAAUUAUCCAUGGGGAAUUUAUGUUGACAAUAGUGAAACAAUACAUGUUGUUGAUCGAUCAAAUCAUCGUGUUCAACAAUGGAUUUCUGGAUCACCUAUCGGUUAUACGAUAGCUGGGCAAAGUGGAGUAUCAGGUCCAUGGUCAUAUCAAUUUAAUAACCCAACAUCUAUUACAUUUGAUCAAUAUGGUUAUAUGUAUAUCUUAGAUUCAGGAAAUUCACGAAUUCAAAAAUGGCUAAUAGGAAUGCUAUAUGGUGUAACAGUUAUAUCGGGAUCGAUGGCAAGUCCAUAUGGAAUGCAUUGGGAUUUUUCAAAUAAUCUAUUUGUUGCUGACACUUCAUCACAUCGGAUUAUAUCAUUUAAUGUUUUAUGUCCUCCAACAACAACAACAAUUUUGGCAUUUCCAACAUUAUCACCGAAUUUAGCAUGUCAAACAGGUGUUUAUAAUACAAGUUGGUCAAUUGUAGCUGGAAAUUCAUCAACUUCUGGAACGUCAUCUACGAAUUUAAAUAGUCCACAUGAUGUUUUUGUUGAUGGAAAUUUCAAUAUUUAUAUUGCUGAUUAUGGAAAUAGUAGAAUUCAAAAGUUUCAAUUAGGAGUUCUAUCUGGGAGUACAGUAGCUGGUUACACAUUAACUGGUGGUUCAUCAUAUUCAGAAUUAUAUAAUCCAACAUCAAUAUUUGUUGAUGUAAAUGGAGCAAUGUAUAUAGCAGAUGCAAACAAUUAUAGAGUUCAAAAGUGGUUGCCAAAUCAACCUCUAAGUUAUACUGUUGCCGGUGGAAGAGGAAAUGGUGCUACACUUGAUAAACUUGGUUUAGUUUAUUCAAUUUUCGUUGAUAAUCAAGGAAAUAUAUAUGUUUCCGAAUAUAGUAAUCAUAGAGUUACUUUAUGGUUAUCGUAUAAUACAAGUGCUGGUCAAUUGGUUGCCGGUGUUGGUGUUCUUGGAAAUUCAUCACUUCAUUUAAAUAAUCCAUGGGGUAUUCAUAUUGAUUCCAAUGGUACUGUCUAUGUUGUUGAUAGAGGCAAUCAUCGAGUGCAACAAUGGAUAAAAGGUUAUGCUUUUGCUACUACUGUUGCUGGCAUAACGAGUACAUCUGGUUCGACUUCAUCUCUUUUAAACCUUCCUACUGCAGUUUCUUUGGAUUCAGAUAAUUUUAUGUAUAUCAUGGAUGCAGGAAACAAUAGAAUACAAAGAUUUGCGCCUGGUUCAAUAACAGGAGAUACUAUUAUAUCUAUGGCUUUCAGUUCUCCAAUGGGUAUGCGACUCGAUACAAUAGGUAAUUUAUAUAUUGCUGAUCAAAAUAAUCAUCGGGUCGUUCUUUUCCGAUGUGUCUACAAUGCAUCAACAACAACAUUGACAACAGUAACUACUACAUCGACAACUUCAACUUCAACAACAGCAUCUACCAGAACUACUUCAACAACAUCUACAAGAACUACCUCAACAACAUCUACAAGAACUUCCUCAACAACAUCAUCCAGCACUUCUUCAACAACAUCAUUCAGCACUUCGUCAACAACAUCCUCCAGCACUUCUUCAACAACAGAAACUACCACAACGGGACCAACUACUACUACCGAUACUACAACAACAGCAACUACCACAACGGGACCAACUACUACUACAGAUACUACAACAACAGCAACUACCACAACGGGACCAACUACUACUACACAUACUACAACAACAGCAUCAACUACUACAACACUCACCACGACAACGGCCACUACUACUACUUCCACGACGCCAAUUCUUGCAUCUACGACAACAAUAUUAACGACGCUUACGACGACAGGAACAAGUACAGCUACUUUAGCCACAACAACUACUACUGGAGCCACAACAACCACUACUCGAGCCACAACAACCACUACUCGAGCCACAACGAUAACAACUGCACCUGGAGCAACAACUACUACUGGAGUCACAACAACAACAACAGCCGUUGCAGGAACAACAUCAACGACUGCACCAGGGGCAACAACUACUACUGGAGUCACAACGAUAACAACAACGAUAACAACUGCACCUGGAGCAACAACUACGACUGGAGCCACAACGACAACAACAAAUGUUGCUGGAGGUGGUACGACUGUUGGAUCAGGCCAGAGUUCAUCAAAUAUAGGUAUGAUAGCUGGCGGUGCUAUUGGUGGUGCAGCAGCUCUUGGAGGUGCCGUUGCUAUUGGAAUUGCAAUAGCUAACAAAUUAAACGGAGUAAGUUCUCUUGCUAGCAAUCAAAGCAGUUCUACAAAAGGAAAGAAUAGCUUUACGAAAGUGGAGAGAAUUCCAUCAGAAAAUCAAGCGUCUGUUUCACCAACUAAUCAAAAUACACCGUCUAAUACUAAGACUUAUCAGAAUUCUUCUUCAAAUCCAAAAUCGAUUAAUAAUCCUACCUCAAAAAAUGGAACAUCUUCAAAUAUUCCAUCAAAUACUGAAGGUACUCAUGGCACAACAGGACAACAGCCUACUAUUCAUCGUAAAUAUAACAUUUUUAUCUAA